GCUAAAAAACUGUAAGUAGUAAGAAAAAAAUCAUGAAGUUUUUGUGUAUUGGAUUAUUUGUGAUUUCGACCUUUUUAAAUUGGUCGAAAGUUGAUGGAAAUGUAACAAAAUUAAUAGAAGAUGUUACCGAUACAUCAGAGACAACACAGCCUGUUACAAGCUCAUCUGCUAAACUUGCGAAAAAAACGCGAAAAGAGUUGGAUAAUAUGCACCCAGAAGUACACAAGAAACGCUCCAACGUCGAUUUGCAAGCAAGAAGGUCAGACAAGACAAACAAUCUUGAUAGAGAUAAUGAAAAAGCAUCUAUGACAGACGAGCAUGGAGAAGGUGAAAAUAAUAGAAGGUCGUUUGGAGAAAAUCCGGAUGGGAAAGAAUUCGAGACAUUGAGAAAUAUAUUUGGAUUAACUGAUCAAAGAGAGACUUUGGCGGACAACGAUAAAUUAUUAAACGAUCCUGAACAUCCUCAAAACGUACAUAUCGAUUUGCGAGAACGAAGCGUGUUUCCCAAUUCCGUUUAUUCAGUUUAUCCAAAUUCCAAUAGUCAAAUGAUUAACAAACUAUACCGAUAUAAUUCAUACUUUAAUUCCAAAGAUGGAAACGACGAUUCAUUUCAUGAUGACCCUCACAAUAGUUAUGAAGCACCAAAUGAAUUCCGCAGUUCCUCUUACUUAGAUUAUUUAAAUUCCAAAAGUCCGUUAGAUAACACUGGAUAUCGGGGAUCUAUUUCCAGCUAUGGAAACGAAGAAUCAUUUAAUGAUGAUCCAUAUAAUAGUUAUGAAGUACGAAACUAUUUUCGGAAUUAUUUUCCAUAUUCGGCUGCUUUAAAUUCAGAAAAUAUCUUGGCGGAUAAACUUUUUGAAAGAUAUAUUCCCUAUCUCAAUCUCAUUAUUCGAAAUUACGACUCAUAUAACUCACGAAAAAGAAGAGAAUAUCCAAACUUGGGCACCGAAAAUGAAAGGUCGUCAAAUUAAACAAAUAAGAUUGAUAUAUGAGUAGUCUUUAGCCCCAUUCCUAAAUACAUAACUAACUGAAAAUUAUUAAAACAAUGGCCGCUCUGUCUGCAUUUAUUAUAACAACAAAAUCAUUUUAUAGAGAAAAAAGUCCUUCAAGUCAAGAAUUACUAGUAAAAAUCAGUGCUUUUAGAGGAAACAGGGACAGUAAACUUAUUGCUCAAACAUAAUUUUUGUUUUCCUUAAAAGAGGUAUUGAAACUUCGUUCUGACACGCUCAAAUGAAAUCAAGUCCUGGUUAUAAUAACUAUCAAUAGAAAAGUACCUAAUCCUAAUUUG